ACCUCUUGGGCUCUCCCUCCCUCCCUGGCUUUGUUCAGCAACGACGAUAUCUGACCGUCCUUUGAAGCUGAACUUGCACCAUAACUUCUCAUAGUUUGCUUGAACGGUUUGGCCUCUCUCAGUAUCUACCAGAAUACCAGAACUGUCGCCUGGCACAGCCAUGGCUUCCCAACCUCAUCAGGAGCCGGACCCGCUCGAUGUCUUGCAGAAUAUGGUCAAUGAUGUCCUGGUACAUACCGGAAAGGCUCUCAGAGCUUCCCGCAAGGAUGCCCAAGGGAGUACGCAGUCUACUCAGUCAACCCUCAAGUCCAAGUUGCCCGAGUCUAUUGACGGUUUCCGGGAAGCCUUGCACAAGCUCGAGUGGGAUAUUAUCGAUGCCAAGUCUGUUCUCAUGCGUGAUAUCAAGCGUCUACAAGAACAGAAACAGCAGCAAAGCCAGCACCUUCAACAGAUUCAACAGAUUCAACCUACUCCUGUAUCCCAACCCCCACAACCUCAACCUGUUGAAUCCCAGUCCAAAUCCCCCAUGGUCAUCGACCUUGAAUCAUCGCCUCCCCCUCCCCCUCAGGAUCAGCAUAUGACAGAGAUCAAGACCAACAAGCCAGUUGCCCCCUUUCCUGACAUGGGCAUGGGACUUCCCGAUGUCGGCCAACCUAUCAGUGUGCCGAAUGAUGAGACCACCUCAUCUGUAAUUCCAAGUACUGGACCUGAACAAACCAACUCCAAGACAAUCUCUCCCUCUGCUCCGACUUCAGCUCCAGCUGCCACCGCUCCGAUGGCUCCUAUGCCGAUCAUGGAGCAAAAGCCUAUGGACAGCCAAAACAAUAACGUGACAGACCUUACUGGCGACGGGCCGCAUUCAGAACUCAACUUUACAAAUAUGCAGUUCACGCUGGCUCCCACAAACAACGACUCGCAGAACCCUUCCAAUUCUCAGGAGCCUUCUUUUGACCUUGCAACUUUUGCUCCCCCGGAGGGUAAUGACGAUAUACUAGGUCUGGACGACAUCCUGCCCGCCAACAACACUUCUCAGACAAAUGGCAUCUCGCAAUUGCCUGCUGGAUCUGCCGAUAACGCACCCAAGCAAGACCUGCCAAUGGAUACAGACAACCUGGGAGUCUCACAUGAAAUAUCAACCAAUAAUUAUGAUUCUGUUUUUGAUGACGAGAUCUUCGGUGGUCUCGGCACUGGCGACGGUCUCGCCGAUGGAACCGACGACAUUACUUUUGAAUCACUCAUGAACGACCGGGACGAUGACAACCUAAACUAUGGCGAAUUCGAUGACACCUUUCUCCUCGAAAACAUAUAGCGACGUUGCGCACAAAACCGCUCCACACCAAAGAUACAUUGUUUUUCUUCUUCGCUCGCCCACGGUUAUUGCGCACCUCGUCUACGAAACUCGGCCAUCUCUAUGGGACUCCGAUACUCAUUGGCCCGUUACUUAUUUGAGUUCAUGCCAAUAUCACUUUGUUUUGGCCAAUACCAAGACCAACGAGGAAAAUCUGCAUCAGCAGUUGUCAAUACGGCACAGUCAAGGUCAACUAUACUGUUUGUGUUAAUCAAAGCUUGGCAUCUUUGAUUUUUCUUUUUUUUUUUAUCUUCUUUUCGGCGUUUUGUAACGGUUCAGAAUGCAUCGGUAGACAUGGACAGGUGUUUGGGUUUUGGGUUAAGCUCACAAUGGUGUUCUCUACUCAAGAAUAUUGAUUGAGUAUGGAAGUUUUCUGCUGGAUGGUGCUAGGUACCACGGAUAUCAUGUUUUAUGUACACAACAAAAUUGGAGGCUUUCGCUAAAUGAACAGGCGCUGAGAAACAUAUACAACUCAUCAAGAAGCUCCCCCUCCCCUUUCCUUUCCUUUCCUUUCCUUUAUUUUCUUCUCUUCUAUCAAGCAACAUAUUCGCCAUGAACGAUGACCAAGAAAUACAAAGAAAACAGCAGGACCGCUGGCGCAUGACAAAGAAAACCGACAAAGAAAACGUUGAUCAUCAUGAUUCAUCUUGGGUGCGUUUACACCAUUGGGUCUCGUGAGGCUGAGAUCCCGUGAAGUCUGUUUUUGCGCCUAGGUCAUGUGGUUGUCGCGGCAGCGCGAGCCUCAAGUUCGCGACGUUUAGCAAGUAAACUCUUGAAAGCGCCAAUACAGCGAACAAGGGCAUCUUCAUCGUGGGCGCAGAAGCGGUAGCUCUUUUCUUCAGUGAUAACCUGAAGGCAAUGCUUCUUGCUCUUGCUGAGAGGAUCUAUAUCGACGACAUUUACGACUGCGGAGAGCGGUAAGAUCCACCGGGCUGUGUAUUCGGACUCGUCCUUGUAGAGAAUGAGGUUACGUGGGCGAAGGACAGCCCACAUAUCCUUCCACUGGCGCAUGCCACGUCGGUGACGCAAGAGGUAGAGCCAGCCUUGCCAUAUGACACGGUCGGGGUCUUGCUCAACAUUGGACACGCUCGUUUGGCUCGCGGAUCGGAUACCUUGGCCUAAUGGGCGAGUCGCUGGGGGUAGCUUGCCAGGCGAUUGAACGGCCAAACUAUCGUAGGACGAGUCCUGGGGUCGGAAAGCUUCAUUGUCGGAAAGGUCGGAGUGAGAUGCGAACUCCGCGCCCGAUAGUCCCGAAGACUCUAGUAUCGACGACCUUCUCCUACCCCCUGCCGAGGUGACAUAUCUGGGAGCAGAUGAUGCCAUUGGUUCCGGAGAGCUAGAAAGGAAACGCUCAUGUUCAUUUGGUCGGUUGUUGCUGAUGGAAACCGGCUCCAUGCCAUUGCCAGGCUGUUGAGAGGCACGUGGGCUAGCGAGGAACAUCUCGUCCUCCUCUUCAUCGAUACGCGCAUCCCUUCGGAUCAAGUCCAUCCAUUCCUGAGCAUCUUGGGCGGAAUUCGCUUGAAAGUGGUAGUUGCGAGACGGGGAAAAGAGGCCAAAGACAUGCUCGCGCUUAUGCUUGGGGUCUUUCAAUUCGGCGACGGCUGUAAGCUCGGAUAAGUAAAGCUGGUGUCGUAGUCGAGACUCGCUCUCGUUUUUGUAUAAAGAGAGGGUGUUGGGUCGCAAGACAAGGUAAACAGGCUUCCAUUUCUAGAAAGGAGUCAGUACUGGACAAGAGCCGGAAGCCGCGACACCGUGCUUCAAAAAGGAUAAGUGACAGCGAUGCUAACCUUUGUCUUUUGUGUACGCUUCUGGACAUAGCCGCUCUUCAACACGCGGUCAAAGUCAAAACAACCGUCGUUGUUGACAGGAGAAAAUGCAGCCUCAAGGUGAGAUUGGCUGCGAGGACGAGCAGAAACGUCGAGUUUAGUAUCAAGAGAAGAUGUAUUGACCGGAUGCGCGGCCCUUUCAACGAGAGUUCCGGCCAUUGUUUACUAUGUUUCGGCGAAGGGUAUCGAAUUCGAGAAUGAUGAUGGUGGUGGUGAUGUCACGAACAUUGACGGUUCGUAAAGGAGAAGGGGAAGCGUUCGAUUCCAAGAUUUGCGCGGCAAUGAAAUAAUCGGACUAGUCUACCAAUAAAAGGGUCUGGAGGUUGAUGGCAGACGGGAAGUAAAGGCCUCACUGUAAAAUUUGAGAAAACGAUGGGCCUCUCGAUUGUCGAAAGGCUGGUUUACAAGCAGGGGUUGGAAACCAGGAUAUAAUGCUUGUAGGAGAGUAGAAGGUUGUGGAAGUCGAGACGAUGAUGGGGUUUGCGGCCGUGGAACGUUGUGCUGAUACGGAGUUUAGGUAGUGAGACUUGAGGAGAUGAGUCUGGAACUGGUGGUGGCAGUGAAGUUUGUGGUUGUCGUGUUAUGUUGGAUCGGAUCGGAUUGGAUGUUGUUGAUUGUUGUGAUGAAAUGCCGGAGUAUUUAGUUGGUACCUAGGUUACCAGUUAUAGGGCAGAUGCUGUAGACGGUGGAGAAGAAUAAAGACAAAAAAGGAGGGACGAGAGAUCAUGGAAUUAUGAAAGAGUAUAAGGUUUGAAUGACGAUUGAAAGGUAUUCGCGGCUUUGGAAAGGACGGAGACAGACAGAAAGGAGAAGAAAGGAAAAGGGUGUUUUGAUUUGAUCGGCAACGGAGAGGAACGAAGAUUGUCGCAGACCAGGCAGUCAAGAGUCAGUAACUAACAGGGCACUAACUCAGAGCUAAGCAAUAAGCCAAGUCGCAGAUCUACAGGCCCGGUACUUUUUCGGUACAAGGCGCAACAAGCGAAACUGCCGCUAAAUUGCAGUGACGGCUCAGGUAUCUCUAGUUGAGUGCCAAGUAUCGGGUGCCCUGCAUGUUGAGUUUGCCCGUAGGCGUUUCAGGCGUUUUGAAGAAGCGAUGUUGUCGAAUCAGUUGGUGUUUCCUUUCUUUGAGAUGCACUGCUCGCGGCCAAAACAAUGCGGCGUCAAAGGUUCACCUUAGUACAUACCUUGGUGGGUAGGUAGGUAAGUAGGUAAGUGGGUAGCUUUUGUUGUUAAUAAACUGAUAGAAAGAGAACAUAUAAACAAAGCGGUCAAAGAGGAAGUCAUGGAACGAACGUGUUACGGUUUGCCUGUUGGUAUAGUUACGUAUACUACUAGAUGGCUUGAGAAAAGGACACCAUCAACAGUCAAUCAAGACCUUUUCGCAUUCGGAAUUGGACUUGAUGAUGAACCAAGGAAUGAAUGAGGGGUUCACUCUGAUUAAGGUUCUUUACCUGUUGAUCCCUCUUCCUCCAGAACGGGAUUACAUCAGGUGGCGGAAGCAUCAUGGGAUG